GUGAAGCAUAACUACAGAGGUAGCAUAUUCUGUAUGGCAUAUUAAUCAUGGAAGAGACAGAAAACUGUACCUCACCUUCCACAGAAGAUGAAGACGACGUCGUUGAAAAUGAAAUAUGGUGUCUACAACGGGUUGGGAAGGAAACGGACUGGCUGCAUCUGUUGGAAAACACAGAGGUCACAGUCGGACGUGGAAUGGAUGUCACUCAUCGUUUAUUAUCCCUGAGCUGUCCUCUCAUGAUUUCUAGAAAGCACUGCAUUUUCAAUCAAACCGUCAGUGGUCAGUGGACAGUCACUGAUAAUAUGAGUGUAAAUGGUGUGAUGGUGAACAAGGAGCGGAUACCUGCCGGGGCGCCUCACGUCUUGGACGAGGGGGACACCAUUUCCAUCGGGCUGCCUGUGAACAGCGCUGCGGUGGAAUACGAAUACAAACUGGCCCGCCGACACGAGCAGGAGGUUAAGGGCUUCCUGGCCCGGCCGCUUGGCCCUGGCGUCUACUCCAAAAACCUGGCCAAGCACAAGAUGGCCAAGCGGAAACGCUCCACCACAGAUGACAACGACGUGUGCCCCUCUUCCUCGCCCAGUUCCAAAUCGAAGGCGCAGCGCAAGUGCGCCUCUCCCAACUCUCACCGACACCAACACCAACAACACCAGUCCCCCUCUCACUCCCCCACCCGCCAUCAUCCCCCUACCUUACCUCCUCCACCUGACCCUUCAGCCCUCUCGGAACGGACUCAAGGCCUUUCCACAGCCUCCCAGGAGGCUGGACCUAGUGACCCCACCUCCACCAACAAUAUUACAUCCGUCCACAGGUCUAAACGCACUACACCCACAGCCACCGCUCCUGUUGAGGACUUUGCCAGUGGUGCGAGUGACUCUGAGUCCACAGAGCACCAGGACCUGGGCAGCCUUCAGGACUGCAGCCAGAACAUGCUGGCACUGAGGGAACAGGUGGAGAGCACCCAGAGACAGGUGGCGGCCCUGGAGGGCCAACUGCAGGGUGGCUGCGAGCAGGAGGACCCCAGGGGCUUGAGGGCCCGGCUGGAGGCGCUGCGGGACGAGCUGCGCAGCCACCAGAAGCAGGCGCUCAACCGCAUGAAGAGCCUGGAGAAGACCUACUGCGACGAGGAGAGGAGGCUGGAGAUGGAAAAAUCUCAACAGAAGGAGGAGGGAAUCAGGAAGCAACUGGAACAAGCUUUACAAGAACACCGGAAGGUGAUCGAGGAACUGAAAAACUCUUGCCAAGGAUUUGAGGAGAUCCUGCAAGCCAAAGACAAAGAGCUAGAGGAAGAGAAGGAGAAGGCCAAGGCCCAGAAGGCGGAGGUGGUGACGCAGAUGACCGAGGUGCUGGAGAGCGAGCUGCAGUGCAUCAUCUGCUCGGAGCUCUUCAUCGAGGCGGUGACCCUGAACUGUGCGCACAGCUUCUGCCUGCACUGCAUCCGCGCGUGGCGGCAGCGCAAGGACGAGUGUCCCAUCUGUCGGCAGGCCAUCCGCUCAGAGGCGCGCUCGCUGGUGCUGGACAACUGCAUCGACCGCAUGGUGGAGCAGCUCAGCGCCGACAUGAAGGAGCGCCGCCACACCCUCAUCACCCAGAGGAAAGCGCAGGCCCCCGCGAGUCCCCCGCGCUCCUCCAAGAAGCCCCGGGUGACCAGCGGCGGCGUUCACAUCCUCACCAGCGAGGACGACAGCGACGGGGACGACGACGAUGAUGAUGAUGACGACGACGACGACGACAGCAGCAUCAUCAGCCUGCGCAGCGACACACACUUCCACUACCUCAGUGCAGGGGGCAGCUCGGACAGCAUCCUCUCCUCCUCCACCUCCUCCUCCGCACCCUCCCUCAUCUUCAGCCAGGACAGCUCCUCCGACGAGGACGAGGAGGGCGUGGAGCUCUUCUAGACCCUUCCCCUUUCAUCAAGCCCCACCCACCACUGCCUGCGAUGCCUCUUGAAGUAACAGCUCCUGGCUAAGUUAACCUACAGGAAGUGGUAAACCUGCUAAUAGAUGGCGCACACAUGUCAUUCAGUCAAGAAAGUGAGGACUCCAGGGUCUUGUAUUAGACGAUUUACCACCACACUCAAAGUUAACUUAGCCUGACAUUUUACUGAGCCAGGUUCUUGGAAUAGCCCCCAGCUGUCUGAAGUGGUGGUGGUGGUGUUGGAGCUACUUGUGAAUGGACUUGACCUCAUUGUUUUGUAUUUAAUUUUUUUGUCUAUUCUGUCUGUUGUACAUUACAGAAGCUAAAGGCGUGCAUUUGCUGGAGAGAGAAAACAACGCAUGCCUUCCCAUGUUCACAAUUGCUUGUUUUUGUUUUGUUUGUUUGUUUUUAUGGUUGGGUCUAUCAGUCAUGUUGUAAUUAAGAUUUUAUUGGAAUGGUCACACUGCCGUUGUUAUGUCUCCUAGCGUAAUAAAAGUUGUCUGAGUACAGUUA